AGUCGUCUUCAUGUUUCCUUUCAACAAGUCCAUUAUUGCUAGUUUGCCGCAUUGUUCACCACAAGGCACGAGGCCCACAGACCCGAUAACACUAAAUCCACCGAAUCGAAGCCAUCAGUAACUCCUUUCCUGGCCACAGAAUUGAGCAGAUGACCGCUUGCAUUUACACGAACCUUCCCUUCAUCCGCCAAACUAUAUAAAUCCCUACAUCACAAUGAGGCCUCCGAACUCGCUUGGUAGGGUUGUUCCCGCAAACGGUUAUCGAUCAUUCCAUCCGAAACCAGGCAUCGAAAAGGACAUUCCUUUCCACUGCAUCUCACACGGACGCUUUUUUGCUAUCGUCAUAGCCAUAACUUGCCCUGCUAGGAACACCAAUGACGUCCUGGUCUAGAGACUACUUAGGCGUCGACUGCGCUUCAUUCUAUCGAGGCUACUUUCGUCUGUCA